AUGGUCCGGCACUCUCUUCUCGUCUCUGCCCUCGUGCUCCUCGGCGCCACGCUCAGCGACGCGGCGCCCAGCGUCGUCUCGCGCCGCGAUGUGCCGCAGGAGGGCGUCUCGCAGGCCAUCUCUCGCCGAGGCGCCGCCGCCGCCGCCGAUCCGGAGCGCAUCCACGCCUGGGCCAAUGCGCAGCGCACACAUCUGCGGCGCAAGUAUGCCCUCGACGACGCCGCCGACGAGGUGCAGAGCAGAGACACGGCGGGAGCGGCCACGCUCGCAAACGUGCAGAGCGACUCGAGCUGGACGGCCACGUUCUCCGUGGGCAGCAAUGCGCAGCAGGUGCCGCUUGUGCUCGACACGGGCUCGGCCGACAUCUGGAUCGCGUCGGGCGCACGGAGCCCCUACUCGCCCAGCUCCUCGUCGUCCUUCACCAACGCCAGCACGGCAUUCGACAUCACAUACGGCUCGGGUGCUGUCGAUGGCUACCUCGUGCGCGACACGAUGAGCGUUGCCGGCAAGACGGCCUCGUCGCAGACCUUUGCGCUCGCCACUGCCGUGACGGCCGGUCUGCUCAACAGCGAAAUCUCCGGCAUUGCAGGCCUCGGCUUUCAGAGCCUCAGCACCAGUCAAUCGCCGCCACUGUGGAGCAACGUCGGCCUCACGAGCGGCGCCGAGGAGUUUGCCUUCUUUCUCAACCGGCAGAUCCAGACGGCGACGACGUCGAGCGACCUCGAGCAGUACGGCGGCGUAUUCACUCUCGGCGGCGCAAAUUCAACGCUCUACCAGGGCGCGAUCAACUGGAGCAACGUAAUCAACAAGGCCUACUGGCUCAUCACGCUCGGCGGCGUCUCCGUCUCAUCACGCUCGGCGGCGUCUCCGACGGCGCUCGACGUCAGCUCGACGAACAAGGCCGCCAUCGACACGGGCACCACGCUCAUCGGCGGUCCCUCCUCUGUCAUCUCUGCGCUGUACGCGCAGAUCCCCGGCGCGCAAGCCAGCGCUUCCUCGCAGGGAUACUACGAGUUCCCAUGCGACACGGCAGUCAACACUACCAUGACUUUUGGCGACCAGCAGUACGCCAUCAACACGCAGGACUUUGUCGCCGGCGCCACGAACCGCGCCGGCACGACGUGCAUGGGCGCCUUCUUCGACGUGGGCAGCGACGCAAACACGCGCUCGCUGCAGUGGAUCGUCGGCGAUGCGUUCCUCAAGGGCGUGUACUCGGUGUUCCAGAACGGCAGUCCCGCACGCGUCGGCUUCGCAGCACUCGCAGACGGCCUCAACUCGGGCACCAGCAGCACGACGGUUGCGCAGACCAAGGCUGCCACGAGUGGCGCCGCAGCGUUCAGCAGUGGAUGCGUCGCUGUCGGCCUGGCGGCGGUCGUGACGAGCGCGCUUCUCCUGGCAUAG